AUGACAGAGGAAGAGAAGAAAGUACUGUACAUCGAGGAGAGACAAAACACUUUAGAAGAGUGGCAGGAAAGAUGGCCAUCUGACACCACAAUGAGAAUGGCUUUACCUGCCAGAACAAAAUUAGAAAUUACUCUGUCAUAUUUAGCUACUGGAAAUAGUUACCGAAAUUUGCAGCAGCAAUUCCGUGUUUCCCGGCCUGCAAUUUCCAAGUUUAUUCCAGAAGUAUGCGAUGCCAUAUACGAUGCAUUGGAGGAUUUUAUACAGGUACCAAAAAGUAACAAAGAAUGGAAAGCUAUCGAAAGUGAUUUCAACCAUAGAUGGAAUUUUCCAGGAUGUUAUGGUGCCAUUGAUGGAAAACACAUACUUAUUCGAGCUCCUGAGAAUUGUGGCAGUGACUUUUUCAACUAUAAGGGACAAAACAGUAUUAUUUUGAUGGCAAUUGUAGACGGAAAUUACAAUUUUAUAUACAUUGAUGUUGGCUACAAUGGAAGAGCCUCAGAUGGAGGAGUUUUUGCGCAGUGUUCUAUUUUUGCUGCUUUAGAAAACAAUAUAUUACCGGGUGGUGGAUUUCUUGUUGGAGACGACGCUUUUCCGUUAAAGCAUUAUUUACUUAAACCAUAUUCAAAGAAUGCACUUACUGUUGAUGAAAAAAUCUUCAAUUAUAGAUUGUCUCGUGCAAGAAGAAUUGUGGAAAAUGGUAAACCCAUAGCUUGUGGACUAUCAUCAGUGGAUAAAAUAGUCAGAACAUGUUGUGCCCUACAUAACUGGCUUAGAUGCACUACUGUAAAUGAAUAUUUGCCAAAGGGAUCCGUUGACGAAGAAGAUAUCGAUCAAGAGAGGUUAAAAAAAUCUGCAAACAGACAUCCCGGGCCGGCCCGGGAUAGUGUGGGGUUAAGGCCUUUUUCAGCCCCGACCCACUAA